UCGAGCGCUGCAGGGACAGAGAAAGACUUGAGACAGAGGGAGAGAGAGGGGCGAGGGAGCCCGAGCCGGUCCUGCGGGAGAGCAGCUGCAGCGCCCUGGAGAGUGAGCGGGCGGGUGGGCCGAGUCCCAGCACAUCCCUCAGCACUGCCUCACCUACUCCCACCUCCACCGCUGAGCCCCGCCAGGCCAGGAGGUGGGGGGCACCAUGCCUGGCCUCUACUGUCCGGCCACCUGGACUCCUCUGCCCCUCAAGGACUCUUGGGUCCGGGCCUGUGCCAACGGCCCUUGCUUGGGCCUCAAUGCCCGACUCACUUACCACAACCCGGCACCAGAGCCCGUGGAAGGGGUGUUUGUGUAUCCACUGGCGGAGGCAGAGGCUGAAGUGGUGUCCGGUUUUGAGGCCGAAGCAGCAGGAAGGCGGGUUUCCUUCCAGCUGCAGAGUCGCCACCGAAGCCCCUUGGAGCCCUGCUGCCGGGAGCUGCGUCCUGAGGCUGGCCUGCCCCGCCGGUGUGCCCAGGGCCAUUUGGUUCUCCAUCCAGCCCAGGCUCGCUCUACCCUGGUGCUCCCCACCGGCCUCAUUGCCCCCGAAGGGACCGUCACCGUGUCGCUGAGGAGCAGCCGAGAGCUUCACACGAGGCCAGACGGGGCAAUACGGGUGGCCUUACCCUCCAUCCUCACCCCCCUGGCCCCGUCCAGCCCAGCCAGACCCCCUGGCCUCUGUGACGACAGUCCCACCAGCUGCUUUGGGGUGGGCAGCCCCGAGGAUGAAGGAGCUGCCCUGCGAGACCCGCCAGCCCCUGGGGACAUGUUCUGUGGCCCUGCCCGGUGCCCAGGGCCGUACACCUUCUCCUUUGAGAUGCUGGUGACAGGACCGUGCCUGCUGGCAGGCCUGGAGAGUCCCUCCCAUGCCCUCCGAGCUGAUGCCCCACCUUAUGCCAGUUCUGCCGCUACUAUCUGCAUCACCCUAGCCGAAGGGCACCCCUGCGACCGGGCCCUGGAGAUCCUGUUGCACCCCAGUGAGCCUCACCAACCCCAUCUGAUGCUGGAGGCAGGCGGCCUGAGCGCCGCAGAGUAUGAGGCUCGAGUGAGGAGUCGAAGGGACUUCCAACGUCUCCUGCAAAAAGACAGUGAUGGGGACCGCCAGGUGUGGUUCUUGCAGCGUCGCUUCCACAAGGACAUCCUCUUGAACCCAGUGCUGGUGCUGAGCUUCUGCCCAGAUCUGAGCUCAGGGGCCUUGGAUCCUGGCUCAGCCACGAGGGAAUUUCUCUUCCUAGUGGACAGCCAUGGGGCCACUUACAAGGAAGCCCUGCUCCUCGCAGUGAAGUCUCUCCCCGCUCAGACGCUCCUCAACAUUGCGACGUUUGGUUCCUCUGUGCACCCGCUCUUCCCUGGCAGCCGAGCCUGCAACGAUGACACGGUGCAGGUGGCUUGCGAGGGCAUCGAGGCCCUGCAGACAGGCUGGGAAAGGCCCGACGUGCUGGCUGGGCUUCGCUGGGCCCUGGAGCAGCCUGGCCAACGCGGCCAUCCCCGCCAGCUGUUCCUGCUCACCUCCGCGGCUCCCGCUGCCACCAGCACCCACCAGACGCUCGAGUUCAUGAGGCAACACGGGGGCACGGCCAGGUGCUUCUCCUUUGGGCUGCAUCCUGCCUGCCACCAGCUGCUCCAGGGUCUGUCUGCCCUCAGCCGGGGUCGUGCCCACUUUCUGGCCCCUGGAGAGAGGCUGCAGCCCACGCUGGUUCGAGCGCUCCGGACUGCCCUGGAGCCAGCUCUGAGUGAUGUUUCCGUGGACUGGUUCAUGCCCGACACUGUGGAGGCCAUGCUGACUCCCCGGGAGAUCCCCACGCUCUACCCGGGAGACCGGCUGAUCGGCUACUGCUCUCUCUUCCGCGUGGAAGGCUUCCGGCCCCAACCCCAGAUGGGUCAAGAGCAUGGAUGGAGAAGCUUAGGGGGUUCCGUGUUCCCGUCUCCAGAGGAACCAUCAGCCACGAGCCACGGCACAGAGCCAACGGGGGCCACAGAGGCACCGGAGACUGGCACGGCUUCCGCUGGCCACUCCAGCCACGGCGGCCCUGGGGACUCGGAGCCGAGUGAGUGUGGAGGGGAAGGGCCCCGGGGGGGAGGGCAGGAGAAGCCCGGGGCCUACUCCUCCAUGCUCCCAGCAGGUGCCGACCCCCCUACGGAUCCGGUCACUGACCCGGGGCCAGACCCCCCAUCGGAUGCAGCCAUUUGGAGGCGGAUCUUCCAUUCCUCCUAUAUCCGCGAGCAGUAUGUCCUGACGCGAUGCUCCACCAGCCCGGAGCCCGGCCCCGGCUCCCCAGGCAGCAGUGAAUCCCCAGGAUCCUGGGGCCCUGGCUCCCCCGAGAACAGCGCCCCCCCAGUUCUCCCUUCUCAGCAGGGCCACCGAAGCCUGGCUUGGGGAGAGCCUGGCCCUGCGGCCGCCACCAGCCACUCGUGCCCGCUGCCCCUAUCGGCCCCAUUCACGGCUCCGCCUCUAGCCCUAGAGAAGCCAGGCCAGGCUCCCAAAGCAGCUUUCACAGGGCGCAGCCUCUCGACGCCCCAGGGUGGGAAGGGCCCCGCUCUGCACCCCCGAAGGAAUAAGUCCUUGGGUGGACAGCUGGAGGAACAAAGCCCCGAGCAAGGGCAGCAGCUCCGCAGAAGCCUGGAUGACUCGGGAAACCUGCUCUCCCCAACACCCUUAGACUGGGACAUGCUGGUGGAGCCGCCCUUCAUGUUCGCUCCCUCACCGUCCGCAGGGGAGUCCGGCCCCUCCCCUACACCCCCACCUCCAGCCCAGCCCCCGCGCUGCCACGUGGCAGUCCGGGCGCUGCAGGAUGGGCAGCCCAUGUGCUGGGAGGUGGGUGCUGGCUUGGAGCCAUUCCUUGGGACCGCAGAAGAUUCUGGGCCGCCCUCUCCCGAGAGGGGGGAAGCCUGGGACCAGACCCUGCACCGGCUGACAGCUGCAUCCGUGGUCCGGGACAACGAGCAGCUGGCCUUGCAAGGGGCCGAGCCAGGCCCCAUCCGCCGCUUCCGACUGCGGGCCCUGCAGACAAGCAAAGCCAGCGCCGCCGCCUCCCGCUUCACCUACCCGGUGGCUGUGGAUGCCGUCACCCGAGAGGCCCUCCCUGUGGCCCUGCAAAUCCACAGCUCAGGCUCAGCGGCCGCUUGCUCUGCAGAGCCUCCGGAAGCUGCCCGGCACCCCGCGGGGAAUGCGCCCGCUCUCGGGUGGGACGGCCAGACUAGGGGGCCCGAGGGCAGGGGCAGGGGGUCAUGUGGGUCCAUUACGGGGCCCGCGGACGACUCCUCGACCAGCUCCAGGGAUUCUGAGCACAGCAGCGGAUCGAGGCUCAGCUGGCGGAGGUUUGGUUCUGGCCGGAGACUCUACAACCCAGAGCCUGAACGGGGCCUGGCUGGGGACAGAGACAAGGACAGCAGCGACCACGACUACCUCCCUCUGGUGCGGCUGCAGGAGGCUGCUGGCUCCUUCCGCCUGGACGGCCCCUUCUGUGCGGCGGUACAAAUUCCGCAGGAGAGGCUGUGCAGGGCCUCCCCCUUCCCCGUGCACCGGGCCAGCCUCAGCCCGGCCUCUGCCUCCUCACCCUGGGCUCUCCUCGGGUCGGGCUCUGGGGACGCGGUGCUGGCUUCGGGCAGUCAGUCCCCCAGCACAGGCUCCGAGGGACCAGGCCAGGUGGACAGCGGGCACGGGUCUGACACAGAAGCCUCGGAGGGGGCAGAGGGCUCAGGGGGCCCCGACCUUCGAGGCCGGAGCUGGGCCACGGCCGUCGCCUUGGCCUGGCUGGAACACCGCUGCACGAGCACCUUUGGGGAGUGGGAGCUGGUGGCAGCCAAGGCCGACGGCUGGCUGCAGGCCCAGUGCCUGCCUGACCGGCUGGACUUGGCCACCCUCAAGGCUUCGGCCCGAGGCCUGUUCUUGCUGCUCCGCCACUGGGACCAGAACCUCCAACUCCGCCUACUGUGCUACAGCCCUGCCAACGUCUGAGGGCGGAUGCUGGGAGGUGCCAUGGGGGCAGCCAGCCUGCCAGAAGUGCCAAGGACGUCCUCCCAGGUGCUCUUCGAGGGUCAGCGCCCCCCAAGCCUCCAACCCCGGCCUCUCCGGCCUCCCUCACUGCUCCAUGCCAGGGAUUCUUCCACCACAGAAAGUGCCUGCUCCCUCUCCUCCCUUCACCCGGUUCCUUUUCCCUCUAAGGCAGCAGCCACCUUGCUGGGCCUGUGCAGAGGGUGGCUGGAGACCACCGGCCUCCAGCCUCUACGGCGGCUGCAAUAAAGUGCCUGAGGACCA